AUGGAAGAUGAUUCUGAGGAAGAGAGGGAGGAGGAGAGAAGGUGGGUGGCGCGUGUCCUGAAGUUUGGCCGCUGCAAAACGGCCAAACUGCUGGCACGCGGUGGCAUGGGCGCGGCCUUCAAAGUCACAGUGCGUGACCGGUCGGCAAGAGCUUUGAAGCUGGCAUUGCCAAUGGCCAGCGGAGAAGGCGAUGUCUUUCUGAAGGAGGCCAUGGCCCGCCAUGGCAUCAGGUACAUCGAGAUGGAGCUUUUGGAUGGCGAUCUCCAUACAGAGAUCAAGAAGCACCGCUUGGGUCACUUGCCGCCGGAGAUGUCGGGGAAAUUCCUGAAGCACAUCACGUCCGGCCUGAUGCACUUGCACAGCAGGCGGCUGAUACACCGGGACAUAAAACCCGGUAAUAUCUUUGUGAGCGGCAGCAUUGCAAAGAUUGGGGACUUCGGUUUGACAGUGGAGAUGGGGCCGAAUGUGACUGUGGCAGGAACACCCAAUUACCUGCCCUAUGAUAUCUGGAAUUCGGUUGUCCCCAUGACAAUCAGAGCCGAUCUUUGGGGCUUGGGAUGCGUGUUGUAUGAGAUGAUGUGUGGCGAGCUGUUGUACGAGGACCUGCCGACGGAGGAUGUCACAAUUCCUCGCGUUAACUGGCCGGCAUUCAAUGGGUCACUGCAGACGGCAUUCUACCAGCUGAUGUCGACCCCCAGCCACGUCCGUGCCUUGACUGUGGUCGGAGAACUUUCAGAGCUCUGCGGAGAUUGGGUUCAGCCGAAGACUGGAGCAGCGAUUGAAAGAGCCUGGAGAAAGGGUAAUGCUGACCCUCAGCUCAAUGCCAUGGCCAACCAGGAGAGGAAGAACCGCCGCAGAAAGGCAAAGGCUAAGAAAAAGGCGGAGAGAGGCAAGGUGACAGUGAAGCAAGAGAAGGCGGAGGACGAUGGCAGUGAGGAGGCAAACUUGGACCAUGACAAUGACGACGGAGAGGACCUCAAUUUGGAGCUGCAGAAGUUGGCUACCCGCCGCACCGUUGGAAAAGAUGACAGGCAGAAGCGUGCGCGGCGAUUUGAAGGGGUUGCUUGCGUUGCAUCCAGACAGUUUUGUCGUUAA